AUUUAUUUACGAAGGAAUUCUAUCGUUUUAAUAACAGUACCUAAAUAGUCUAUAAAUUAACCAACUGCAUUUUUACGAAACUGAAAAUGCUGUCAACAAUACCAAAGAACGUUAUGGUGGCGCCCUAAUGGGCGCAUGGCGGUUCUUGGAUAGCUUUCAGUUGCAUUUACCUUUUCAUCUUUGUAAAAAUCAUCUCGAAAAACAUCAUGCAUUCCUCCUAGGUAUGUUGCACCUGCGUGAGAAAAGGCGCUAUCCUAUUGCAAGAUGAUUCGAAUAUCAGCAUUAAAUGACCACGAAAGUGGCGACUCGGAUGACUCGUCCGAUGACAUACUUUCAGUUACAAAAGAGGCUCAGGAAUCUGAAGCUUAUACUGUAUACAAUCAAGCUCUUAACCUUCAAAUAGAAGGUGAUUUUGAUAAAGCAGAAGAAACCUUUGAGGACCUCUUAGAACAAGACUUUCUGUUGGAGGCAAACAGGAUAGUAGAUGAAGAGGGUGAUAAUCCUGUUCACCCUGGGCUUCAGAUGCUUUAUUCAACCUACAAAAACUUAGCUGCCAUGGCUCACAGACGCAAUGAUACUCACAGAGCUAUCCAAUAUUUUCUGAAGGCUGUAACAAUUGAUGAAACUGAAGUAACAGUUUGGUAUAAAAUUGGCCUCAUUGCUCUUGAAAUUCAUAACUAUCAACUGGCAGCUUACUCUUUUCAGCAGGGUCUUAAUUGCAACAAAAACCAUUGGCCAUGCAUGGACCACCUGAUCACAUCCCUCUAUGUAUUGAAUGAUUAUUGGACUUGUCUGAAAUAUAUUGGGUCUGCUCUUGAAAAAGAUGCAGAAUACAUGAAAGCAAUUUCUUUUCGAGAUCAAAUAUUUUCAGAACAACCUUCUUUGCGAAUGGAGUCCAAGAUGUUCUUUGCUAACUGUGAUCCUCUGGUGCUGAUGACUCAUGCUGACAAAGAAGAAAAGAAUGAGUACAUAAACGAAGCUCUGGAAAUGAGGAAGAUUCGUCGGGAAUUAGCUUAUGUUCCACCACCAUCUCCACUCACUCUCCCAAAACCUAUUCUAGAAUAUAGUUGGAAAUGUGUCGGGGAAUGUCUUUUAGCUUUGUAUGAUGAAAUAGUCCACAGUGAACCACGAAAGAGUAUGGGUCUUCAUAUAGAUUUGACACCAUAUGUUAAAACCCCUAAACCUGCAAACGACAAAAAUGUUGUUGAGGCACACGAGUCUAAAGUUCACAGUCCGAGUUCAAACCAAGAGGCACAGAUGACUUCAGAUGCUGGAGAGGGUGCAGCGGUGGCACCAUCGUCUGAAGUUGCUGAAACGGCAGGGAAUAGUGGCACAUCCUCCUCUCCUACUGUACAGAUGUCAUCACCAAAUCCCUCGGCAACAAACCAUACUCCUGAAGUUACAACAGCUAUGGAAGUUGAUGAAGCUGGGUCACGUAAGGUUCAGAAGCGAAAACGAAACACUGCUGUCGAAGAAGUGGCGUGUAAAAGACGAUCCGCUCGUGUGCGUAAUACCACCAGAAAAAAACAAGAGGAAAAUGUAGAUCUUGAAGACUUGCUCCUGAAAUUUUUGCCAUCCAGUUUAUUGGAAGCACGAGAGGAAGAUGAAAGCAAAGCAAAAGAACAAAGUAGCCCUCAAGGUGUUUCAUCUGCUGCUGGUAGCAGUGAAUCAUCUACCCCACUAGUUUUUGAGACUGAGGAGCAGCUUGUAAAGAAAUUUUUGGAAGAUUGUUUGGAAAAUGGUGGAAUCAUUGAUCUUAUGGGUACAUAUUUAGUUCAAUUAGCAGAUGUAGGACAUUUAAAAUGGUCUGAUGAAUUAGUAGACAUAUUCUUAAAAGUAUAUUCUGCUGUCAGGAAACACUUGAAAUUACCUUCUUAUUUAUGCCCUGAAGAACCCGAGGACUAUGUUCUAGAAAUGGGCAAAAUGGUGCUUGUAUGGGCUGAACUCAAGUUAGAUCAAUGGCUGAUGAAAAAAGCAAAAAUCAAAGCUCCUAUGAAUUCUUCAAAUAAGUAUGUAUAUUUUCAUCACCUCUUAAUAACUACUUCUGAAUUAUAUAUACCUAUAUUAAUUGGUGGUAUUCGUUUAUGUUGUAUCAAAAACAUUUGUAUUUCAAUAUCUUUUCUUCAACCAGCAUUUUGGCUGAAAGCAAGGUUCUGUACACUCCUAGGAGAAAUAGAUGAAGCAUUUGACUACUUUGAUAAGGUAUUACAGUAUCUAGCAUACGCUGAAGAGAAUAUAUCUUUAUCCAGGGUCCAUUUACCCAACUGCCACAUGGAUGAAAUCAUUUCAGCAGAGAAAGUCAAGAAACAACAAGAUUUAUUGAAGCGUUGCCAGUCACUUGAGAAAACCCAGAAACUGUAUGAGUGUGAAGAAUAUGCUGAAGUCGUAGAUCUGUUGAAGUUAACAUUCUCAGAUCCUGUUGACAAACCCAAAAGAAAUGUACUUGUUACAACUUCUGCUGAACUUCUAGAGGCAGGUAUAGCAAUUCCUGACAGACGAGCUCAGUUACAGCUGAUGAUGGAUUCUUUAUCAAAAUUAAAUAACCCUCAGAAAUAUGUUUUGUGGGGUGAAGUUGUAUUUAACGAGAGUCUGCAGAUGUACAGAGAAAGUAAUUCUCACACCGUUAAAGAUGACUGGAUUGCUUUUAUGAUUCAGCUUUUCGCUGGAAUGGAUGAAGCUAUCCUAAAUGAACCAUCAAGCAUAAAAGAACUAACUCCAGCCUGUACUCUACGGAUUGCUAAAAAUUUAAUUAGAGUGAUUUCAGAUUCUGUUGAUGUACCAGAGUACGCUACUGAUAUGCCUAUUCCUACAGUUUUACCGUGGAAAUUGCUGUAUCACAUUAUCAGAAAUGAAGAAUCUAAACUCCACUCAACUCAAGCAGCGAAUAAAUCUGAAAGUGAAAUCUUAGAUAAUUCUCUGAGCUCAUCACUAAUGUUGCUGAAUGUGGCACAUGAUUACCUGGGCAGACAUUCCUGGUGCACGAGAUCAGAUGGAGAACUUUUAGUGUUUUUUAUGUCCGUUAUCAAAGAGGAAAGAGCUCAUUAUCCCGAAGAUGCAAAGCAUGCAUUCAAAGAUGAACUUGACCAAGCCUUUGAGCAAUGUAUUUAUUGUUUAUAUGGACAUCCAACUAAAAAAGGCAAAUCCAAGUAUCUUCAAGACCACAAUGCUUUACAGAUUAAUCUGAACUGGGAAAUGUCUCAAGUAUUGUUCGAUUACUUUAAACCUAAGACCGUGCCAGAAUUUGACAGUUACAAGACUAGCACUGUAUCAGGAGAGCUGGAGAAUUUAGCCCGAAGAAUCACUUUGUUGGUACCAAAGGAAAAGAAUCCAGCUAAUACAUACGAGUCUGUCCUCGCCUACAUCGAAGGACAACACAACGAUCCACCAUUUAUACCUCCUGAUAAACCUGUCACAACUGCUAUUGUCAAAGAGCUGUUUUACCUACUGGCUGAUUAUUAUUUCAAGAACAAAGAGCAAGUGAAAGCAAUUAAGUUCUAUAUGUUGGAUAUUUGUGUGAAUCCUAACCGACUAGACUCUUGGGCUGGAAUGAGCCUUGCACGUAUGAGUCGGUUAGAGCAAAAGUUGAAUUCGACUGAACUUCGAAUGGACCAGGCAAUUUACAAACAAGCCAUCGCAUCGCUACGCUGCUUCACGCGGGCCGUGGAGAUUGACAGCAACAAUGCCAAACUAUGGAUAGAGUACGGCUCGCUUGCCUACCAGCUGCACUCUCAUGCUGCUCGACAGCUCAAAUUGAUGCAUUGGUUCCCACUCAAUGAUGAGAUGUACCAGAUAGCAACAGCUAGCAACAAAGAAAUGCUGCUGAUUGCGGCCAACUGUUAUAAAAAAGCUAGUGAGUGUGAAAUGGAGGGAGGUCAUAGUGAAGAAUGGUUAUAUUACUACAUGAUGGGUAAAGUGUGUGAAAAGAUGAGAAAACCUGCCCAUGAAUACCUGGAACACUAUAAAGAGGCUGCUCAUCACCUUCAUGAAGAUUUUGCUGCAUAUCCUAAGAAGAUAAAUUAUGUGGUUAGCCCACCUCAUCUAGCUGUGGAAUCACUUGAAUUAUUCUAUCGACAACAUGUUGCCAUAUUAAAAGAACUGCUUUUCAAGAGCGCUGAAGAACUUGAUUUAGAUUAUUUUGAACAAUACAUGAUAGAGGUUGCCAAUGGACCAUUUGCUAAUCAAAGGGAGAAAAGACAUCAGCGUCGAGAAAACAAAGACUCUAAUACAAGUAAUGAAGAAGGUUCUUGUCAAACACAGUCUUUGUCCAACAACACAAAUAGUACUCCACGUGGAGCAACCAAUUCUGGGACUUGCCCGUCUUCAAGUGGAAGCUCUACAGUCUCAACUAAUGUUGGAGCAGUUACAACUUCUACAACGUCGUCACGUUCAAACCAAGACCAUAAUUAUUUCCGACAGAAAAGUAACGAUAGUUCAAGUCUUUCCGCUUUGUCUGACGAGUUGGGAAAUACAUCAAACAAAGUUAAGAUGGUUGAAAGCCUACCCACAAAAACUUCUCCAAAGAUUAGUCAAGCAAAAUCCGAUUGUAAAAGCACCUUAUCAUCAGUGGCACCAAAAGAAGUUGCUGCUGUCAAAGAUUUGGACUUGCCUCCCCGUUUAUCAAAAGUAGACCUCAGUCAACCCAUAUUUGGUCUUGAGGACCAGUUUACCACAACGAUAGGUGAAGAUUAUUUAGAUGCUGCUAUAGACACUGAUGCGAUGACAAGUCAAGCUCUUGAUUCCCUUAAUGCACUUUUAGAAGCUGAAAACUUUGAUAAACCCAAUGAUCCACUCAGAAUUGAUUUUGACUCUGUUGGCCACCCAGAAGGAGGCGAACAGCAGAGCAAGGAGUUGUCAGACGUUUGUCAAAAUAAUUCUAACAAGCUAGCUAGCUCUGGUGCUGAGUUACCUCAUAAUGUGUCUUCUGAGAACAGCUCAGUGAACAUCAACUCUAAACACAGUGACGUAUCGAAACAAGAGACUGGUAAAUCAUUGUGUUCAGGGGAUGAUCACAGUGAAGCUGGUACCAAGACUGGUACUGAAACAUCAUCAGCCAAUAACUCGGAUCAUGGACAUGUUGAUGAUAAGAAAUCUAAAACUGAAAAACACAAAAAACUGUUAAACAUGGUCAUUUCCGCCUUACACAUCUGCCUCACUCGUUUCCCUACACAUUAUAAAGCUCUCUAUAGACUUGCUCAUCUUCACUUCUACUCACCAUUUAACAAGAAUAUUAACUACACACGUGAUAUAUUGCUUGGGGUUCCUUCUUGGACCCAACAUGAUCACCUACCUGCUCCGGGUCUUUUUACAGAUCGUAAACAUUCCAACUUUUUUCAGCUAAAACUUUCCAAUUUCAGGAAAUACCUCCGUGACGCUGAGCGUGUCUGUUUGUCCCAGCUGGCCUAUGAGUAUGCUCUUGAUACUGUAGAAUUACAACUAGAAGAUGUGCUGGAGAGCGAUAGUGAACGGCAAAUUAAAUUUCUCUUGGAAGUCUACAAAAUUUGGUGUCAUGGCGUCAAUAAAGUAUACUUGCAUGUGGAGAGAACUAAUGAUAUUUUCCUUGAUGUGUUCCGUGUCAUUAUGAAAAAUGCGGUUGGUAUUAUAGAUAUUAUAACCUUUUUUUGAUAUAGACACUAACCACUGAACUAUGCACAAUAUUAUUAAAAAAAAAAAAAAGGACACCAUUAACUGAAUUCUCUUCAGUGUGGUGCACCUACCAUCUCCUGCUAGCAUGGACAAAUCAGGUGGAAAAACUGAUUACUACACAAUGAGAUUCCACACGAUGAGAUUCCACACAGUUGCCAUUUACCAAAUUUACUUAUUCAUUGGUUGUCCCAGGGCUAUAAUAGACGACACUUGCCCAGGUGCCAUGCAGUGGGACUGAACCCAAAACCACUUGGUUGCAAAGCAAGCUUCUCAAUCACAUAGCCAUUACACUGUGAACAUGCUGGGGCAAUGCCUUGAAGGACUUUAGUCAAACAAAUCAAUCCCAAUUCUUAUUUUUUUUAAAGCCCUGUACUUAUUUUAUCAGUCUCUUAAGUCAAACUGCUAAGUUACAGAGAUGUAAACACACUGAUACCAGUUGUCAAGCAAUGGUGGGGGCAAACACAGACACAAAGUCACAUGUAUCUAUGGUAGGCUUCUUUUAGUUUCCAUCUGCCAAAUCUACUCACAGGGCUUUGGUUGGCCUAAGGAUAUAACAGAAGACGCUUGCCCAAGUGUUAUGCAAUGGGACUCAAACUUCUUACCACACAUCCACACAAAUGCUAAUUUAACCCAUUAGUAUUUAAACCGGCCAUAUCCGGCCUAAAUAAUC